CUUGGAAGUUUGUAAUGUAACCCAAGCUAGUGAAAACGGAAAUCUGAGCAACACAGACCUAGGCGUGGCGCCAGCUCAGUUUAGCGCCAUUAGGACGCACUUCCUACCUACAAUUUCAUGAAUGUGUAAGCGUUUGAUCAUCGUUGUGGCGUUUGAUCAUCGUUGAGCGAUUGAUUAUGCUGCCAGUUACUUCCGCCAUGCAAGGUGGUUCAUCAGGCAUUGGCUACGGCCUGAAAUACCAGGCUCGAUGCAUUGCCGAUGUCAACGCAGAUACUGAUCACACCAGCUUCAUCACCGGCACUCUCAGUCUCAAAGACGAAAAUGAGGUGCAUUUGAUUCGUCUUUCAUCGAGUGGCUCCGAGCUCAUAUGUGAAGGUUUGUUUUCUCACCCCAAUGAGAUCUGGGACCUGGCGUCUUGCCCCUUCGACCAGCGCAUUUUCUCUACUGUCUUUUCCACUGGUGAAAACUUUGGGGCAGCAAUAUGGCAAAUCCCUGAGUUAUAUGGUGAAUUGAAUUCUCCUCAGUUGGAACGGGUUACAUCUCUUGAUGAACAUGCUAGUAAGAUAAAUUGCGUUCUUUGGUGGCCAUCUGGAAGACAUGAUAAGCUUAUCAGCAUUGAUGAGGAAAAUAUUUUACUGUGGAGCUUGGAUUGUUCAAGAAAAGCUGCUCAGGUGCAAUCGAAGGAGUCAGCUGGGAUGCUUCAUUAUUUGUCUGGAGGGACAUGGGAUCCACAUGAUUCAAAUGCUAUUGCAGCGACUAGUGAAUCAUCCGUUCAAUUUUGGGAUUUAAGGACAAUGAAGAAGACAGACUCAAUUGCAUGCUCUGCAUAUGUUCGCAAUGUGGAUUACAACCCCAAAAAGAAACAUUUACUUGUAACUGCUGAGGAUGAAACUGGAAUAUCUAUCUGGGACCUUAGAAAGCCAAAAGUCCCGAUCCAACAACUUCCUGGACAUACCCACUGGACAUGCGCUGUUCGCUGUAAUCCUGAAUAUGAUGGGCUAAUCUUGAGUGCUGGUACCGAUUCUGCUGUCAACUUAUGGUUGGCAUCCAUGUCUGAUGGUGAACUAAAAUCUGAAAGGAAGGUCGAUUCACCACCACGGCAAGGUGAUCCAUUAUUGCAUUCUUACAGUGACUACGAAGACAGUGUUUAUGGCCUUGCUUGGAGCUGUCGUGAGCCUUGGAUCUUCGCAUCGUUGUCCUACGAUGGCAGGGUUGUUGUAGAAUCAGUGAAGCCUUUUCUCUCAAGAUAAUGGAGUUCAUUUUUAUAUUUUCUUUCUCAAUAUUGAUUGCUUCCUCAGUUUGAUUUGAACUCUCAUUUCGGCAACUGGACUUACUACAACCUUCUCUCAAAGCUUGUCUCUCUUCCAUCAGCGAGAGUAAUUGUUUGUUACUGAACAAAGGUUCACUCGUCUUUUCGAUGUCAGCGAUGAGAUUGAGAAUUGAGAUCACACGAUGUGCAAGGACUUAUCCAGUAAAGGAGAAAGUAUACACACUACUACUGAGGGAAUAAUUUUAUUGCAUAGCUGUUAUGAACAACCAAGUCACAUCUUAUGCUUCUAUCAUGCAUUGUUUUGUUGUGUUGAACUUGCUCAGCAACUAGUGCAUAUAGCUUAAACUUUUUUCAACCAGAAAAGAAAAAUAAUGUUACAGAUUUUGAUGUCCUCUUGCUUGGGAAACAAGAACACCCAACCGUCUAAUCUGUCAAAAUUUUUACCUCCGAGACAAAUUGGUACAUGUGGUAUUGGAUUGCCAAAUUAAUGACUUGAAAGAAAGGAAAAAGUUGGCAAUGAUUUUCCUUAUGAUUAUUGCGUCUUACUGGUAAGAUGUGGAUGAAUAUGAUUGGAGCUUUGAUACUUAUCCAAUAUACUUGGAUGAGAGACAACAAGAAAGGCCAUGACAGGGGACUGCUGGGGAGGUAAAACCUCGGUUUCCUCGUUCAGUAGCACAGGUUUGAACACCAAGGUUUCUCUCCACGUAUUCUUUUGUGUUUCGUUUGAAUUGAAAAUGUGGAACUUUUACUAACCACGUGUAUUUUUGCCACGUUGGAUGUAAUUUUUCCAUAUUAUCCACAAA